UUCGAAACCGAGGGACCUCGACCGUCCUCCCCAGGGAUACGGUGAAGUUCUGAAAGUGCCUGGGCCGGGGCCUAUGAACCAGUCCGCACUCUGCUCGUUAUACUUACCUCGACCCGGAAUCCUCUUCUCCUUUUUUUCUCCGUCUCAAUUCACUCCAAUAUAAUGAUUCACCUUCUCAGUGGUACCCAUCCUACAUGCUCAAAUCCUUGAUAGACUUGCAGACAGACUAGACCGUCUCUGGCAUGAUUGUAGCACCAAUAUUCAGAGGUACACACAAGCACACUGUUGAAAAAAAAAAAAAAAGGCGUACACAGAGCAACAGGUUUUGUAGUGACCUAGGUUCCCUUUAUUGACUCUAUCUGUGACUUUGACUUAUAAAAUAGUUGUCUGCUCCUGUGAAGGGUUAGACCUAUGUGGUUCAAAACCCUGAAAGAACAACAACAACAGGGCAGUCGCAGUUGGGCCUGGCUUGCAUGGGUUCUUAACCCCACUUGCUAUCAACCCCCCAAAAUCGGCCUCAUUUGUUGACAUCAGGGAUGGCCUCACAUGGAUACACCCGUCUCGACCUCGGGAGAGACGCUAUUCGACUUCUUAGGCUGGAGAAGGGCUACCCUGCAGAGCCAGUCCGCUGCGAGUUGUUCGACGCCUAUCUCCAUGAGGUCGACGGAGUGCCCUACGAGGCACUGUCUUACACCUGGGGCGACGCUUCCUCCAAGCAGGACAUCACCGUCAACCAGCAGUCCUUCAGCGUGACGGCCAACCUCAACACGGCCUUGAGGGCCCUGAGAUUACCACAUCAGGACCGACUCCUCUGGGUUGAUGCAAUCUGCAUAGACCAGGCCUCUGAUGCAGAAAAGAGCCACCAGGUUGGCCAGAUGAGGCUGGUUUACAAGCUCGCGGAGAAGGUCAUCAUCUGGCUAGGACCAAGCAUCGAAGGCAGCGACCUGCUCAUGGGCCUCGCAAAGACACUCGAUCUGAAUGCCUCCAAGACAAAGGCUUGGGAGCAGGAAUGGGAAUCAAUUGUGGUGGCGAAUGGAGGGCCAGCGUCCGACUUGUUCCGCCAGGCCUACGCGGCAUUGCAAGAGCUCCUUGCUAGACCAUGGUUCCGACGCGUCUGGGUCCUGCAAGAGGUAGCAAGCGCGAGGUCAGCAGUUAUUCUGUGUGGUUCAAAGGACGUUUCAGCCAGGACCUUUGCUCAGCUGCCGGCUCUCCUGGGCUUGGACAAGGUUGAUGCUCACGUUCAGGCCGUUCUUGAUAUCAUGCCGGGCCCUCUCAGGCAAAAGUCUUGGUGGACUUCCAAUCGCGAACUCAAGACUCUCCUGUACAAAUUCCGCUCCAGCCAGGCCAGCGAUCCCAGGGACCGUAUCUACGCGUUGCUUGGCAUCUCGUCUGACGCUCACAGCGAGGCGGUCCUCCCUCCAGAUUACGGGGCAGACGUUUAUACCGUGGUUCAACGCACCAUAUCCCACCUAUUAUUCAACGACAUGAGGCCCGACUCACCUCCUGCACCUCUUUGGGGUCUAGACGAUCUCUUUGACGCUUUGGAUGACCUUCCUCGUCGGGUGCUAGGCUGGUACUAUGCAAAUGAAUCCCGCCGCCAAUAUGAACGGUAUCGACUGAUGCUGUACGGCAUCGAGAAAGAUUGUGCGGUAUCAAGACAUGAUGUAUUCCCCCCACAUCGACCAGUGCCAAGGGUCAAACCCCCCUAAGGCUGCACUUUCCCCUGGUCCAUUUCCGUCGUGUCCGUGGCAAACAAAUUAUUGUCAAGAUAAUCAUCGACUCAGAUCAUGUCGAUGGCAACGGGUAGAACGCUCCACGAGAUACGGUACAGGAUGGCCAUGGUGUCUGAAUACAGAAGACAAGCAUAAGCUUGCCGAUUUGUCAUUGACCUACGACAAUGCCAGUGUUGGAGAAAAUUAAACUGAAGAAAAGUAAAGCUCCACUCCACUGAUGAACGCCGCACAACGAGAAGCUUGCAUGAAAGACACACUGGCCAGAGACAUCCUACAUGCACCCUCUGGCCAAUCCAACACAAGGUGUACUCAGAAGACUCCACCAGAUUGAGCUUUUGACACAGCCUGAUGGAAACGCACUGUCGAACUGCUGCUGGGCCGGGAAGCCUACUACAGCGCAGGCAUGUACCGUACCUGGCACUCUCAGCCUUGAACGUGCCUCGUGGAGAUGUACCGAGAUCAUGGUGAACACAUUGCCCUCUCGAGUCCACCUGAACAGAACCGAGAGUUUCUGGGACGCGGCCGCGGGCGACGCUCCAGCAUAAUUCGUCGCAUGGAGCGGCCCUUUGAGCGUGGUUUGAGUGGUCUCGCUCUUAGGCCUUACACAUCCGUAGGCGUAGGCGGCCCCUUCACACAGUGGUAAACGCUUAAAGACCUGGCUAGUAAGCUUGAUGAUUUUGGAAUCUUCAUCGCGCGAAUCAAGAACGCCAGAAUCGGCGGAGGCCCUAGAGCCGAGCGACCUGUGGCCCGUUCCCUGAUUUUGCAAAGGUGGCCCUCGCAAUGGCAAGCAAAAUUUACGGCGUGUUCCAAACCUGCCAGGGCUAGCACUGGUGCCCGCAGAUGAGGCGAAGUUCACCAGCCUCUUUGUAUUUGGAUUCCACAGGUACACACGGCAUCAUAGAGAACAUGAAGGACGCCAACAGAGGUUUUUCCAAGGGCGACUAUCAAGGUUUAUGAAAACAAGUCUUGCCUAGAAUUUUCUCAUGUCUUCCCAAGAGUCCCCCACUGAUUUUGAUCAUGUUCUCAAAGGUGCCAAUCUCGGAAAACCUGAGCUUGGAUGAAGAGUACCAUACAAGCGCCGAACAUGUGCCAUCUACGAGCAGGUGAUCUGGCAAUUACAAGGGUGCCUGCUGCUUCGUGAUCGCCACCAACCGCAAGAGCAGCCGCCAAUAUGCACUCCGCAAGAUGAAUGACGUUCGAGCUCGGGCCUUUCCUGAGCCCAAGCCCGAGCCGAGCCAAAGACUAGGAGUGAUGAACAGAACAAGGACAAGAACGCUGCGUCAGACAGCGAAUUCAGCAGUGUUGACACUGACAAUCUGAGUGAGGACUCGGACGACGGUGCCGAGUUCAAGGUUCGAGAUAAUAACCACCGCGCUGGCGAGUGCAGGAAGCCGCCCAACGUCUUGUGUUAGAGUGGCAGUGGCAGCAGCGAGGCUCCUUGCCUGGACUAGUCGAGAGUGGCUUCUCACAGGUACUGCCCAGGUGGUCAACCACCGGACUGCCUAAACGAGUUAAGG